GAGUACGGAUGUCUGAUCCUGUUCAGCGCCUGUGAACGUCGUUUUUUGGGUGGGGAGGAGUCACGGUGCUGCUCCCUCUGCCUUAUAUCAAACCAGGCAAACUGAGACUGAAGCUGCAGGCUGAAACUCACCAGACAGAAGACAAGAAGAACAUAAAGUUAUCACCUCAGGUUGCAUCCCAGUCAUCUCCACCAUGAAGAUCCUGAGUUUGUCUUGGUUUGGAUUCGCCGUGUUGACUUUGGUCCAUGCAGUCUCCAUUCCAGUCACAGACGAACCUGUUAGUCCAGCAGAAGCUGCAGAUGACCUGGCCACUCAUGACGAUCCUUUCUAUCCUGAUCAUCCACCAACUGAAGUUCCAGAUGAUUUGGUCACUCAUGACGAUCCUUUCUAUCCUGAUCAUUCACCAACUGAAGAUUACGGUGGUGACUGGAUGGGUGUAACUAAUGGAGACUAUCACGGGGACUUCACGUGCCCUGAUGGAUGGACGAUGCACAGCACUCAGUGCCUCCUCUUUGUUCCCCAGAAUAUGACCUGGAAUGAGGCCAAGGAAAACUGUGCAUCCAAAGGUGAAGGUUCACUCGCUGCUGUGUAUGAUGAAAUACAAGCUGAAGAGAUUUACAAAGAGAUGGAAAGUGCUGGGCAUCAUGGAGGACCAGUGUGGGUUGGAGGCAGCAAAACAUCAGAGGAUCCUUCUUGGUCCUGGGUGGAUUCCUCUUUCCAUGACUUUGCUAAGUUUUGCGAUGAGCAAAGUUCACACGAUGAGAAGAACUGUCUGGAGAUCUCUUUUGAUGCAGAUUCCGGCUCUGGAUGCCUGAAUGGCAGGAAAUGUGACGCUGAGCUCCCGUCAGUCUGUGCCAUCCUCCUCUACUAGCUGAAAUGAAUCCUCAACAGAUACCAGUUAACGUGCCUCUUGGCCAUCACUCUGGCAUUUCUUACUUUUCCUUAAAUGUUCCUGCUCUGCUGCUUCAAUAUAAAAAAAAACUGACCAAAAAUAUACUAGAUACUAGUUUUAGUCACUAGGCACAGACACCUUCUGCUUGUAGUGCAAGAGAAAGCAGCUUAUCCCUUCUAACAACUUUCCAAAUAAAGGCACUGAUAAAAAGUAAAA